GGAUGACCGCGACCAUCCAUGAGCAGGGCCGUCAUGCUUUAUAACUGCCCGUCGCCGUCAGUACAAGCCACGUGACCGGUGGACCAGUCUCUGGUCUUUCUCCGUCAAGUCAGCGUUGGACGUUUGGACACUUGCUACACAGCGGAAAGUUUUUCUCCACAUUGUGCAGCCUGAGUUAAGUAGAGCAAUGGCAUCGGGAAUGAGGCAGUACUUCCAGCUGAUAUCACUACCAUUGGUUGCCCUCAUGAUUCAACGCUCAGUCCAGAUGCCCACGGAGUUUGGGUCGGCCGUCUGCAUGAGCUCUGUGGCGGAGUGUAGCAGCAGGAGCAUGGGUCAGUACCCGCUGUGUUCUGACUGCAGUAAGUUCGUGCUGUGCGGUAGUACAUCCAAAGUGGUCACCUGCUCUAUGGGAACCCUUUAUGAUCCACAGAUCCAAGUCUGUAACUACGCCAGAGCAGUGAAUUGCAGUGCUGUAAAUCCUUCCGGACAGACGACGACGACAAGGACGACGACGAAGACGACGACAAAGACGACGACGAAGACGACGACGAAGACGACGACGACGACACCACCAAGGCCUGAGUCUAACAAUUGCAUCACGUCAUGCGUGGGUCGUCGUGACGGCGACUAUCAGUCGUGUCUCGGAUGCCACGUCUUCGCGUCCUGCUUCUCUGAACAAUUCUUCGACAACCGACCGUGCCCCGCAGGUUUGGUGUGGGACGACAAUCGCAAGAUCUGCAACUAUGUGUCCAACACAUGCCCGGGGAAUAUCUCCACAAGCACGAAACAGCCCAACACCACUACACAAGUUGCCACUUCACCAACAACUACAAAAGACUCUAACACUACUCUAACAACAACCACUUCGCCAACAACUACAACAGCAUCUAACACUACUCGUCUCACAAGCAGACCGACAUCUCGCACUACUCGAACAACAAGGAGACCGACAUCUCGCACUACUCGUAGUACAAGGAGACCAACAUCUCGCACUACUCGUACAACAACACGUGCAGCAAGCACACCGACAUCUCGCACUACUCGUACAACAACACGUGCAGCAAGCACACCGACAUCUCGCACUACUCGUACAACAAGCACACCGACAUCUCGCACUACUCGUACAACAAGCACACCGACAUCUCGCACUACUCGUACAACAAGCACACCGACAUCUCGCACUACUCGUACAACAACACGUGCAGCAAGCACACCGACAUCUGGAGUCAUCAGUACGACACCCAGUAGCACCACACCAGUUGCUACUACAUCUGAAAUCACCAGUACGACACCCGGUAGCACCACACCAGUUGACACUACAUCUGAAAUCACCAGUACGACACCCGGUAGCACCACCACACCAGUUGCUACUACAUCUGAAGUAACCAGUACGACACCCGGUAGCACCACCACACCAGUUGACACUACAUCUGGAGUCACCACUACGACACCCGGUAGCACCACCACACCAGUUGACACUACAUCCGGAGGCACCACUACGACACCCGGUAGCACCACCACACCAGUUGACACUACAUCUGAAGUCACCACUACGACACCCGGUAGCACCACCACACCAGUUGACACUACAUCUGGAGUCACCACUACGACACCCGGUAGCACCACCACACCAGUUGACACUACAUCCGGAGGCACCGAUACGACACCCGGUAGCACCACCACACCAGUUGACACUACAUCCGGAGGCACCAAUGCGACACCCGGUAGCACCACCACACCAGUUGACACUACAUCCGGAGACACCAAUGCGACACCCGGUAGCACCACCACACCAGUUGACACUACAUCCGGAGGCACCAAUGCGACACCCGGUAGCACCACCACACCAGUUGACACUACAUCCGGAGGCACCAAUGCGACACCGGUAGCACCACCACACCAGUUGACACUACAUCCGGAGGCACCAAUGCGACACCCGGUAGCACCACCACACCAGUUGACAAUACAUCCGGAGGCACCAAUGCGACACCCGGUAGCACCACCACACCAGUUGACACUACAUCCGGAGGCACCAAUGCGACCCCCGGUAGCACCACCACACCAGUUGACACUACAUCCGGAGGCACCAAUACGACACCCGGUAGCACCACCACACCAGUUGACACUACAUCCGGAGGCACCAAUGCGACACCCGGUAGCACCACCACACCAGUUGACACUACAUCCGGAGGCACCAAUGCGACACCCGGUAGCACCACCACACCAGUUGACACUACGUCCGGAGGCACCAAUGCGACACCGGCACCAAUGCGACACCGGUAGCACCACCACACCAGUUGACACUACAUCCGGAGGCACCAAUGCGACACCCGGUAGCACCACCACACCAGUUGACACUACAUCCGGAGGCACCAAUGCGACACCCGGUAGCACCACCACACCAGUUGACACUACAUCCGGAGGCACCAAUGCGACACCCGGUAGCACCACCACACCAGUUGACACUACAUCCGGAGGCACCAAUACGACACCCGGUAGCACCACCACACCAGUUGACACUACAACUGAAGUCACCACUACGACACGCGGUAGCACCACCACAGCAGUUGACACUACAACUGAAGUCACCACUACGACACCCGGUAGCACCACCACACCAGGUGCUACUACAUCUGAAGUCACCAGUACGACACCCGGUAGCACCACCACACCAGUUGACACUACGUCUGGAGGCACCACUACGACAGCCUCUUCUUCAGUGCCUACCACGCCUUUUACAACCUCAGCUGAGCCGACUUCAACGGCGUUCGUCAUUUUACCUUCGUCCACAACACCUUUAGCAUGCUAUGUUUUGCCCACGUCUUCUAGCCCAGUCCCAUCCCUUUCAACAACUUCUUCACAAACAUUUUCAACGCCAUUAACUUCCUCUUCUUUGCCAUCUACUUCAUCAUCUCCUACAUCUUCUGUGACAUCUGAAGCAACCUCCACUCCACCUUCGUCCGCUUCAUCUACUUCAGCAACAACUGCAACAGACGCUAACACUACUCCAACAACAACCACUUCGCCAGCAACUGCAACAGACGCUAACACUACUCCAACAACAACCACUUCGCCAGCAACUACAACAGACUCUAACACUACUCCAACAACAACCACUUCGCCAGCAACUACCACAGACUCUAACACUACUCCAACAACAACCAUUUCGCCAGCAACUACAACAGACUCUAACACUACUCCAACAACAACCAUUUCGCCAACAACUAUAACAGCAUCUAACACUACGCCAUCAAGCACACCGACGUCUACCACUGGCAGCACGUGCAUCACGUCGUGCGAGUGGCUCGUGGACGGCAACUACCAGUCGUGCAACGGCUGCUCUGUGUACGUCUCGUGCACGGGAGGCUUCAUGGUGGACAAUCGGCAGUGUCCAAGCGGACUGCAGUGGGACGACAACGCUAGGAGCUGUCAGUUCACCUCCACCACCUGUCCGGAGAGGCUCCCGGUUUGACAUUGAGAUGAUGUGUCAUGUGUCACUAUGUGGUGACUCGACUUUGUGAGUUCGACAAAAAUCCGUUUAACCUCUACGCUAAGAUCAAAGUGCGGUACCUACUUGCUACAUGACUUGCUCUACAAGACCAAGAGAUAUAUCCAUAUACAAUACAGCAGACGACUGGUCACCAGUACUACAGUUCUGCACUGACUAGCGUCUCUAUGGUAUUUCUUUUCUACUUCUUUAUUAUUUUAAUAUCUGCUUGAAGAGCCUCCUUGCUAAAGGCAAUCUGCGUUCAUCCACAUGAAUCAAUGUAAUCGACAAGUUUCAGCUGUGAUUUUUAAAUUCGAGUCUGUUUACAAUAUCAUUUUUUUUUCAAAAGUAAUAUUGUCCACUCCGCAGAGAUUCAUCUUUGUCCUGCUCACAGAGUCGUCUCACCAGAAUUUUUCAGAGUAUCUUGAAGCUCUUUGUGGGGUUGUUGGAGUCUCUCUCUUUUCACUCGUAUGUUUCUCUAAUUUUUUUCUCGGGAUAUAUACUGUGUAUAUGUAAAGGAUUUGAAUAAACAUGAAGCCCUG